AUGGAGCAGAGGCACUGCUGCGAGGACAGCCCCGGGUCUGGGCCUGUGCAGGCCCCACGGACUGCAGUGCGCCCCCAGGUGAAGGCCAAGCCCGGCCCUGGGGGCUGCAGAGCCCCUGGCCUGCUGCUGCUGGCACUGGCCGCUGCUGGGGCCGUGGCUGGCGGGCUUCUUGGCUUCACUCACAGGCCCCCCAAGCCUCUGCUGCAGAUGCUCCGUCUGACCCUCCCAAGCCCCGGGGCACCCCGAUCCAACCAAACUGCUCAGGUGGAUGCGGCCCGGAACGUGGCAACGAUCUGGGUGACCUCGGCUCAGAGCAACCGCAGCUGGGCAGUGCUGUUCGAUGGGCAGAGUGGCUGUGUCUGUUACCGGCCCUUGGAACACCCGGCCUGCUUCCUCCGCCCGAUGGAGCCCCGAGAUCGCGAGACCCUGCAGCUGCUGGUGAACAUGUCCAGGGGCCAAGGGCCUCCCGGCCCCAGCCAGGACACCCACUCUGCCCAGGAGCUGCUGGUAGUGCAGGGGGGCCGUGAGGUGGACCCUGCCCAGGUGGGGGAUUCCGUGCGGCACCUCUGCACGAACACACCCAUUUACUGGGCCCGUCGAGCACAGGGGCCCCGGAGGCAGCGGCUGAUCUACCUAUGCAUCGACAUCUGCUUCCCCAGCAACAUCUGCAUGUUGGUCUGCUUUUAUUACCUCCCAGACUAA